AUGAGAUCAAUCGCGCCAAGUAAGAAAGGAUACAUAAUGCCAGAAAUUAAAGUUCGCUUCCCUCCAGAGAUCACACCCAUCAAUCUCAUUGAGAAAGCCAUUGCGAAACUCGAGACCAGCGGACAAACAUCUCGAAUCCCCAACGCGUUUAUCGCUUAUCGCAUGGCAUUUUGUAAGGAGCUUCACUUGAUCAAACAUCCAGUGAUAACGCAACCACAACUUUCAGCGUUGGUCAAACAAUCAUGGCUCAAAGAAGGGGAACGCGUACGACGAGAAUAUCAACGCAUCGCAAAAGAAGCCAAGGAUUUGUAUAUCCAAAUUUGUCAUGAAAGAAGUCCACUUUUUGUUACAAGUGAAUAUCAAAAUAACUCGGGCGCAUUAGAAUUUGUGUUUUCGAAUUCGAGUAACUUGAGUGGCUCCAAUUUUGAUCUUUUUGAUAGUAACGAAAUAUCUUUAUUGCCAUCAGAACAACCUGUAACAAAAGAUCAACGAUCAGAUUCAUAUGAAACCAUUUCCGCAUCUACUACACCUACACCAAAUGUUAAAAACAUAUUCAAGAUUGAUUCUCCAGAAAAUGACAAUUGUUUUUCCUUGGACUUCAACUUGGACACUCACUUCAUUAAUAAUAUGACACCGGAACUAUUGACCUCUCAAUCUCUAUUUUCUUCUAUUCUAUCCAUUCAAUCAGAUUUCCCUUCUGCUCCGACUUUCGAUAAUAGUAAUAGCAAUGAAUCUUCAAUAGCAAGUGACAGUAAUGUUUCUUCAACCGAAUAUGAUAAAUACUGUAAAGAGAAAAUAGGAGUACUAGAAAAUCGUGUUGUUGAAUUAGAGAAAAAACUUGAAUCAUUGACAAAUAAGCGAGCAAUUACUUCGCCUUCCCAAGUGGCUCGUUUCACUAGAAAAUCAUCUGGAACAUGA